GCCACUAGAAGGCGGAUUGUUGGUUGUCGUCACAUCGAACUUUCAACAGGCUUUGAGCUCAAAUCCUGUCGGCUUGUUGGUGAGAUGAUACCACCUUUAAUUGGCUGCCACCAAUGGACCAAUAGUGAGCCAAAUUUGACAAUUUCCCAUCGUAAAAUGGUCUUCUCAUUCGCUCUCAACUGCAGCCUCGACUUCAUCCCGCAACGGGAUUCGCGCUCCAGUCUUUCGCAUCGAGUGACAGCCAGUUGCCACGGGGACACAGCCUCCGGUGACAGUGGAUGA